AGAGGCAGCUCCAUCCGAGAAGAUACUCACUCGCCUGGGCUCCGCUAUCCUGCUUGCAUCUGACUCCUCCCUCCUGCAGCUCCGAACAGCGCAGGGUGAAUCCAACAGCCUCUCCUUUCUACUAUGUUUCUCCCUGAGCUACUAGAGCUUGAACGUACCUGACAUUCUGCCUCCGUUUCAGCUGAACUCGUGAGUAAGGCACAUUGCCGGAUAACUGUCAGAAGUGAAUGGCAUGUUAUUACCUGAACAGCCUAAAUUACCCAUCUUUCAGUGCUGAAAGGAUUAUGAAGAAUUGCUUUUUAUUCAGCACCUUUGCUACGUCGUUGUUGCCUGAUUUUUCAAGAGCACGAGUUGUUCUGGUUAUCAAGGGUACUUUCACCUGAAUAUUUCUUCACCAAAUGCCACGAGAGAGAGUCUAGGAAAACGAACUUGUGAUGUGGAGCUGACAGUUCUGGUUUCAGCUAGUGAAAACUUGCAGAGUCAGGGAGAAGGCAGAGAAAAAAAUUUGCCAAGGACAAUGUCGGCAAUGCUUAAUAAUUUGACGCUCAACGGGACGAGCUUCUUUGCUGAAAAUCGUAGUGUUAUGGACAAGCCCAGUGAGCAGAGAACUUUGAAUGUCUUUCUGUUCUGCUUGACUUUCAUCCUUGCCUUCACAGCACUUCUGGGCAGCAUUUAUUCACUAGUUUCCCUGCUGAAAAUGCAAACCAAAACCACGGUUUCAAUGAUCGUGACCUCUUUGUCAAUAGAUGAUUUGAUCAGCGUUGUGCCAGUGAUUAUUUUCAUGCUCACUCAGUGGUCGAGCGACGGCCUCCCCCAGCCUCUCUGCACCACCUCAGCACUUAUUUAUUUGUUCCAGGGCAUUUCUAGCAACCUGAAAGGGUCUCUUAUAGUGUCUUACAACUUCUACGCCAUCAGCAAAACUGAGACGAUGAGCUGCAGCACUUCCAAGCGACGAGUGAGCAUGGUGUGGGCCGUUCUUACCGUUUGGAUUGUCAGUUUGCUGAUCUGCAUUCUGCCUCUCUGUGGUUGGGGCAAAUAUAUCCCCACCUCCUGGGGUUGCUUCACUGACUGUGCCAGUUCCUACAUCUUGUUUUUAUUUACUGUCUACUCGCUGUGCUUUUGCCUCCUCACAGUACUCUCUGUUCCUCUGACGUACCAGCUGUUGUGCUCAGAUGAGCAACAGCUACUACACAUCGAUUACCAGGAGAUCUCUCGAGGCUACACCUCCCCUGGGACACCUCCAGGCUGCAGCACUGCUACCCCAUCUCUGUCACCGCUGGACCCCGCGGAUAAAGCCCUGAAGCAUUUCCAAAAUGCCUGUCCGAGCUCGGAGGCAGAUUUUAGGAAGGAUGUGGCUGAGAGCGGAGCACUCGAGCCCUGUUGCACCAGCAGCACCCAGAGCAGGAGCGUCACGGUGGGCUUUGCCCAGAAACGGUUCUCGCUGAUUCUUGCGUUGACAAAAGUCGUUCUCUGGCUUCCCAUGAUGAUACAAAUGGUUGUCCAGCACAUCACUGGUUUUCAAAGCCUUCCGUUCGAGACGCUUAGCUUCUUGCUGACUUUGCUGUCUGCCACAGUCACCCCAGUGUUCAUCCUGUCAGAACACUGGAUCCACCUGCCCUGUGGCUGCAUCAUUAAUUGCAGGAGGAAUUCAUAUGCAGUGUCUUCAGAGGAACUCAAAACCAAACGUAGGGGGUUCGAAUUCAACCUGUCCUUCCAGCAAGGGUACGGCAUCUACAGAAUAUCCCAUGAAAACCACCACCACCACCAGGGAGAUGGGAAAUCUCUGUCCUAUGACCACCUGGUGAGCUAUGACUGCGACAACCCCCAGGCAGCCCCGAGAGGAGGCGGCGAUGCCCCCGGCGCCGGGCAGGAGGC